AUGGCUACGGAUCCGGAUAACAAGACGGCAUAUGCCUCAACCACUGCUCGAUGGCGCGCAAUCGUCACCCGGGAUGCCUCUGCCACGGGUUUCGUGUACGGCGUCCGGACGACCAAGAUCUAUUGCCGACCGCGUUGCCCUGCCCGUCUUGCCCGCCGUGCCAAUGUCGAGUUCUAUGACACUCCCCUCCAGGCCGAGAAGGCCGGAUACCGUCCCUGCAAGCGGUGUAAGCCCGAAGACGUGCGUGCGCCCACGGAUCCGCAUAUCCGGCUGGCACAGCGGGCGUGCGAGACCAUGACGCUGGCCGCGCUGGCCGGUGGGGAGAAGCAGCGGCCUACCCUGUCCGAUCUCUCUGGAGAGGCCGGCCUGACGCCCAGUCACUUCCACCGGGUCUUCAAGAAGGUCGUCGGCGUCACGCCGGGCAAGUUUGCAAGGGAACUGAUGGAGAGGAAGUCGCUGGGCAAGGUCAUGGUCCCCAGCGGUAUCAAUGCGAGGAUCAGCUGGCCGCCACCGCAUCUCGCCGCCAUGGUAGGCCUGAAGAAACCUAUAUCGGACAGUAUAUCAUCGAACCCCCCGGUUCAGUCGUCUCUUGGCGACUGUGACAUAGAUCAGAUAAUAGGGCAAGGAUAUAGUGAUCCGCAGGCCAUGGGUACAAUCAACUGGAACGAAUUCGAUCUCAUGUUAGCCGCAGCUUCAGAUCCAAGACCACAGCAUCAUCAUCAUCAUCACCACCAACAACAACAGCAGCAGCAGCAGCAGCAGCAGAUAAAUUAUGCUGACCCGCCGACCACCACUCCUACCUCUGCCGCAGCCACAUCGGCUACCAUACCAUCAUCAUCCUCCGCUGGCGGCCUGUGUAUGCCGCAGACAACGACUUCACACUCAUUUGACCCCAAUUCCCUCAAUAACAUCAACUCUUUGCUCCCUCUCGACCCCAAUUCGACGUCAAAUCUCAAUUUUGCCCAGUACAUGGCCGAACCGAUCGACUUCUCCUUCAUGAACCCUCUCACUGCCACUAGCAAUAGCAACAAUACCGGACAGAGCUCGCCUGAUACCUUCAGCCACCCUACCCCAAGCCCGACCUCUGUUCCCUCUAUGUAUUCACAGCAGUCACUCUCGCCAACCGACUCACCUUUACUCUUUGAUUCGUACGGUGGUCUGGCCUGCUCGUGGCCGCCGUUACUUCCGGAUGACCCGGACUGGCUGGACAGCCAGGUGCUUCUCCAACAGGACCACAGUAGUUUAGACUACUGUGCCAGGUCGUGA